AUGGCCUCCUCUGCCAACGGAACACACUCAGUCAAUGGCACUCACGCCAUACAUGCCGGGCUUAACGGUACCAGCCAUACUGUCCGUCGACCCCUCACCGCGGGCAUUUACGCCCCCAUCCCCACCUUCUUCCAGUCUGAGACUGAGGAUCUAGAUCUUGAAUCCCUGAAGCUACACGUCGUACGUGCCGCGAAGGCCGGUGUACGACCGUUAAUUGCAGGAUCCAUGGGGGAGGCUAUACACCUCACACACAAUGAACGUAUCCAGGUCAUCCAGGCUGCCAGAAAGGCACUAGACGAUGCAGGACUAGAUGAGAUACCGAUAAUUGCUGGCACGGGAGCGGGAAGCACUCGUGAGACAGUGGAGCUCUGCAAAGAGGCUGCAGGUGCCGGCGCGGAUUACACUAUCGUGAUCGCAAGCGGAUAUUUCGCCGGCGUACUCGCGACACAUAAGCCAGCAUUGAAGGCUUUUUGGACCGAGGUCGCGGAGAAGAGCCCAAUCCCCGUUGUGAUUUAUAACUACCCUGGUGCGAGCGGUGGUAUCGACCUUGACUCGGAGGUCGUCACAGAGCUUGCGAUGGAAUGUCCGAACCUCGCAGGUAUCAAGCUCACCUGUGGAAGCGUCGGAAAGCUGACCCGUAUUUGCGGAACUGUAUCCGACUCGUCCUUUUCCUCGCUAUAUCCCCGGAAGAACCCAGACGCGCCGUUCCUCGUUCUUGGUGGCUUUGCCGACUUCCUCGUUCCCUCGACAUACGCCAACGCGCAUGGUGCUAUCACCGGCCUCGCCAACGUCGCCCCUUUCACCAUCGCGAAGCUCUUCGAGCUCUCACAGGCAUCGCUCAAUGAUCCGUCGCUUCUCCCCGAGGCGCAGCGUCUCCAGGUGAUCGUCUCGCGCGCGGACUACACCGUCGCGAAGGCGUCCAUCUCCGGCACGAAGAAGCUCUUGGAAAAGCUCUACGGCUACGGCGGCCUCCCGCGCAAACCGCUGCCGCCGAUCGAGCCCGCCGCGUUUGACGCACUAUGGGCACACCCGGACGUGCAAGACAUCGUCCGCGUCGAGCGCGAGCUUGGCGGGAAGGCCAGCUCAUAA